UUCAUCAAUGGAGUACUCCCAUGCUCGUGCAGUAAUGGCGAUUGCUCUUUCCUUUCUCCUUUUACUCCAUUCUCUAUCCCCAACAACUGCUGCAACCAAACUAGUUGAAGGCGUUUGCAAGAAAACUAUAAGCUACACCAAUUGCGUGGAAGCUUUGGAUUCCGAUUCCCGAACUCCGUCGGCGUCGAACCUCAAAGAUCUCGCUAAAAUAGCUCUUGGGUUAGCACUAUCCAAUGCAACAGAAAGCAAGUCUUUCAUUGAUAAGCUGCUCAAGAUAAAAGGUACGGCGGCUGUUGCCAAGUGUUCGUCUUGGUACCAAGCAGUGGUGGCGUCGUUCCGGAGUGCACUGGAGGAAUUGGAGGAAGAUGCUUUGACGGCGAACUAUGACGCAAAAAUCGCCGGCGAUUACGCCGUUAGCUGUGAAAAUGAGUUGGGUUCCCGUGGGAUUAAAGUUCCGGCUAUUUCGACUAGAAACAACUACGUGCAGUUAUACAGUAGCAUUGGGUUUGUAAUUACAAAUGAACUUUGAAUUAUUCUAGACUUUCUAGUCAUUCU